AUGCUCAAGCAAGUGAAGUUUCACGAAGGGCAACUCAAGCAGCAGGGCUUCCACAAGGUCCAACCUCAGGCCUUUACCGCCCACACUUGGCUGAGUGAAGACCGAGUGGUUAUUGGAAACGAGUCCGGCCAGGUGCACAUUUUGGACGGAGGCGAGCUCAAGCAGACUCUUACUCUAGGCGAGCACGCGGUCGGCGCUGUCUGCGGCUACAACCGAGGAUUGAUCGCUAGUUGUGGGGGACACCUGCUCAUCUACGAAUGCUUGGAUAACCACUGGAAGGUCGCUAAGAAGCUCCAGACCCCGUUGGUUUCCGACGCGUCCAAGAAUGGCGAGUGCAUCGUGCAAAUUACAGUCUGCCCAACUGAUGACACCUACGUUGUCGGCACUGACACAAAGCAGCUUUUCACUGGCUCCUUGUCAAAUGUCAGCACGAUCGGUGAAGAAAGCAAUGUACUGGAAUACAUUUCAGGUGGGUUCCACUCCGGGCCAAUUACCGGAUUGUCCGUUGCUGUCAGAAAGCCCCUGGUCGCCACCUCGUCGCUUGACAAGACUGUGCGCAUUUGGAAUUACCUAACCAACCAGCUUGAAUACUGGAAGGACUUUUCUGAAGAAGUCUACACUGUCACCAUUCACCCCAACGGCCAUCAAAUCCUUGCUGGCUUCGGCGACAAGCUUCGAUUGCUCAAUAUUCUUAUCGACGAUUUCCGAGUUGUCAAGGAAUUCCAGAUCUGGGGGUGCAAAGAAGCGAGCUUUUCCAAUGGGGGUCAUUAUUUCGCCGCUGUGCAUGGAAACAUUAUCAAAAUCUUCAGCUCGGUUACUUUCGAGCAGGUCAGUGCGAUGAAGGGACACAAUGGACGAGUUAGAAGCGUUGUUUGGUCCGCUGAUGAUCAAAAAAUCAUUUCAUGUGGUACCGACGGAGCCGUCUACGAAUGGGAAGUCGCCACCGGCGCCCGAGUCCACGAGCAAGUCUUGAAGGGCACCCAAUACACCGCCGCAGUGUUCUCACCAACCGGAAAGUCAUAUGCUUCAGCUUCUGAUGGAACCCUGCGCGAAAUCCAGGAAGGCCAAAUUCUUCGAACUGUGGAUUUGCCUGCUUCUAUCAAUGGUUGCGCGCUUUCGCGAAGUGGCAAGCUUUUGCUUUGCGCUCUUGGUGGAAACCAAGAAGGCACCUGCGGCAGUGUUGUCGGCGUCCGAUUGCCUCUGUUCUCUCCCCCUUCGAUCGUGGUGACUCCUGGUCACGAUGCUCCGAUCACACGGGUGCAGAUGAAUUGGGAAGAGAAUCUCCUCUUCACUGGCGGCGACGACGGCCUCGUCAUGGUCUGGUCCGUUGCCGAUCGGGAAGGCCGCGUCAAGGCUUCCAACGACGCGCCCAUCUUUUACGAAGAAGUACUCGUGACCCGAGCUGAUCUCGAGGAGAAAACAGCGCUCACCGACGAGCUGCGAACUCGAGUGGAAGAGCUCAAGAUGGAGAACGAGUACCAGCUCCGUCUGAAGGAUUUGAACUACACGGAGAAAAUCAAGGAGCUCACCGAAAAGUUCAUCCAGGAGAUGGAGUCGCUCAAAUCGAAGAACCAAAUCCUCAGGGUCGAGAAAGAAAAGGAAAUCGCCCGGUUCGAUGAGCAAACUCGCCUGUCCGAGGAAAAACAUACGCAGGAGAAAUCUGACCAAGAAGCAAGCGCAAACUCAAAACUGAUGCAAGAAUAUGAGAAAUAUCAAGAACUACUAAACCAAAAACACAAAAUGGAAGAAAUGUUCCUUCGUAAAGAGCGCGAGUUGCAGAUGCAACACGAUCAGGCGAUUCAUGAGCUUGAGGAAGAUUAUGAGGCUCGACUAGCUGAACGAUCUCGGGAUCUUGAAAAGAAGGAGGGCGAGCAUCGACAAGCUCAGCGAGAGCAUAAGGAAGAAAUCAGACAAAUUGAGAAUGAUGUGGAUCAAGAAGUUCUUUCCCUCAAAGAUAAGUACGAGACGAGGCUCAAGGAGGAAUUCGACUCUAAUUUGAAGCUCAAGGGAGAAACUGGCAUUCUCAAGAAGAAGUUCUCCAAUCUCCAGAAGGAAAUCGAGCAAGGCCAGGAAGACUACAAAUCAAUCCAGACCGACAACCAAAAGCUCGAAGCCUUCAUUGCUUCUCUCCAGAAAGAUAUUGCUGGACUCAAGCACGAGAUCACUGAGCGAGAUGAAACUAUCCAAGAAAAGGAAAAGAAGAUCAUUGAGCUCAAGAAAAAGUGCCAAGAACUGGAGAAGUACAAAUUCGUCUUGGACUACAAGAUCAAAGAGCUCAAAAAGCAGAUUGAACCUCGAGAGAAUGAUAUCCGUCAACAACAGGAACAAAUUCAUGAGAUGGAAUCCGAGCUCGAGCGAUUUAAUAAGUCUAACACCAACUUGGAGCUUGAACUGAGCGAGUUGAAGCAGAAACUCUCCGCCAGCAAUAUCGAGCUUCAGGAAGAACGCCUCCGAGUCAAAGAUUGUCGAACUUUGAACUCUCGAAUCCUCGCCGGUCUUCACGAAGCUGUCGAUUCACUCCAAGAGCCCGCGAAGAUGCGAUCUAUCGUCAAGACAAUGUACGAAAAGUACGGACGAUUCGCCGUUGGCCAGCCUUCCAAAAAGGGCCAGAAAAUUGGACAAGAUCUCGACGCUGAAGUCGAGCUCGUCCGCCAGCGAGAAUACUUGGAGAAGAACUUGAAGUCGAUCCGUGAAAAGCUCAAGCGCGACCACGAAUUGCACAGACAGGAAAACUUGAAGGUUCUCCAAGACAACAACGUCCUCCUCCAAGAAAUCAACGUCCUCCGCCGCGAGCUGAAAAUCUCCAGAGCCGACACGAGCAAAUUGGAGACGAAACUCAAGCUUCUCAAGCGACGAGAAAAGAAGGUCGACGAGCCAGACACAGUCGAACCGAUUAUUUUGGAAAAAGAAAAGACGAUCGAACUGCAGCAGUCUGAAAUCGCCCGCCUCUCCGCCGAAACCAGCAAACUGCGAAAAGAGCUUGAUAGAAGACCCACUUCCGGUUCUCGCUUGCCUCCAAUGGAAUAG